AAAAGGAAAAGGAGUUGCAGUAUUUCUGAGGUCAGACACGGACGUAAUAACAGGUCGGCCCGAUCCACGGCCACUGCGUCCGGUGUUAAAUCAACCCAAGAGCUGGGCCUCGGGCAACAGUCUGCUGAAAAAGAGAUUGUGCGCUGCUAGUGUGAUUAUUUCCAGUAAAAUGAGACCAGCAAUGAACAUCGAGGAAAUGCCCAAGGAGAGGAUCGCACAACCACGAAGGAGACGAAGAGAAGGCGCGCGGAGGCCGAUGGAGACUAAAGUUCACACAAAGUACGACAGACAAGCCGCGGUCCGUCGUCACCAAGCUGCUACUCUGACCUCUGGCAGCCCUGCGAGGAAAACCCCUCAUGUGUCCCAGUUCCACUCGCAGAGAACUUUACAGAAACAUGAACACUUCAACUUCAACUUGGUGCCAAAAGGAGCUCAGAAACCAGACCCUUCAAAAGCUGCGUCUGGUGUGAACGCAGAGGAGCAGCUCUUGGUGGUCUCCAGAGGGGACGCGGGAUCCUUCCGUAGGCCGCAGUCUCAGAAAGAGGCCUCUCGGGGGGGCGAUAAAGCGGAUGUCAAUGGCGACGCAAUCCCACAAAGAGCACGACGGCGAGAGAGAGAACGAACACAUAUCGAUGGAAACGGGAACCAGAGGAGAUUAGCACGCGUUGUACACGAGGCGGGUAAUAACGACGGCGACGGCAAACAAGUGUCCGCUGAGGCGGAAGGAGAAGUCUUCAUCACGUCUUUCCUCCCAGACGCCGGGUGGGAGACACGAACAGAACCAUGGUCGUGUCCGAGCGCAGGGACUGUAAAAACAACGGUGAAGUUGCUUUAUCGCCACCCACCCACGGCUGAAGUUAUAAAGACCAGAUUUAUUAUGGAACCAGGGAGCUUGAAAGGAAUCCUGUUUUCGUUAGGAGUGCAUGUGCCGGGCGGAACAGAGAGAAUAGUCCUGAAAGCGGCGGAGAGAAGAGCCAAAGUAACCACGGUGUCACCUGGUGGACAUAUGGGCAUAAAUCCUACUAAACAAGCGCCCCCAGAGGGGUCCGUCAGGCCGUCACCCCCCACGCUCAAAGCAGCCGAGACGACGGCGUCGAGUAGAGACGCAGGCGGGCCGGCGAGCGCCGAGACCCCGAGGACGGCAGAGGCCCGCGCCGGCGCCGAGCCCGGAGCCGCCAAAUGCAUCGCGGCCGACAAAGGGGCCCCGACGCUGAGCCCCUUCUCGGGCCUCCGGAUGAGAGAGGACGCCCCGGCGGAGACGACCAACCCUGGUGGAGAGACCGAAGGAAGACCUGCGUCUAACAGGAAGGCGUUGCAUGACGAUCCAGAGGAGAACUCGGUUGCGUUUGACACGAUCCACAAAACUGGGGAGGACAACGCGCCGUGCUGCGGAGGUCUGGUCCACCGCUCCCAGGCCGAUGGACCCGUAGAGACCGCCAGAGACCGUCUCCUCGAUGAGGACGAGGACGAGCAUUUCUAUUAUUUCGAUGGAGUGCUGAGAAGGGUGAGGAAUAAUUUGUAUCCCCGUCAGGAGAAGGAAAGGAGGCGGAAAGGCAGCCGCGGCGACUCCGAGAAUAGUGUUCUGGGAGUGAGAGACGAGGGAGACACUAAAGAAAAUUUCCUCCGAUACAUCCGACGUCUUACUCCCGGGAAUAAGGCCGGUCACCUCAAGUGAUCCACAAGGGCGCUGCAGGAACCGAAUCAACACUAAUGCAUCACACAGAACCGCUAACCUGCGGAUCCAGCCGACGAAAGGCAAUAUUCUGACAGUGAGGAAGACGCAGUCUUGCUGCCGGGCAGCUGGAUGAGAUUGUCAUUUUCUAUUUUCCGCUUUAAGAAGGACGUGGCAGGUUUACUAAAAGGUUUCCCACGGCAGACAUUUGGAUGAGACAUUCAUAAAGCAUGAACCUUGUACAGGUACCACACACACUAUUCAUAAUCAGUUACUGAUUAUUGGUCCACAUUAUUGUACAAGUUUAUAUAAUAUUUAUGUUGCUAUUCACACAAUUCUCUGGAGAGAAUUCUGGUAAUACCCACUUGAAGUCAGAGAAAUAUUAAAUGUGUGAUCCUCUUCCUCCAUGCAUGUAUAUUUGAUAAUAAGAAAAGUUUUCAUGGCACAGCGAUUGUUUCCAUAUUUGUGUUUGAGCCACAAAACCCAGAGAAUGAAAAUACGACUUGUGUUUAAAUGAAACCAAACACAAACACAUCUGUUAUUUUCAAACAAUUCAAAGACGCUCAUCUGUACAAAACAUUUAUUUCAAAUAAAUUCACAUAAUAACAGCUUUGAUGCAUUUACAUAAUUUAUAUCUGAAAUCCAUGAGGAGGAAACAGUAACUAAGAAGGAAAUGUCUUGACUGCGACGCUGGAAAUAACGUUUCUAUUUUUCUGAACAGCUCAGGACUAGAAAAUAAGUAAAAACACAGAAAUGAUUUUAGAAAAUGACAAACAGGUGAAGUGCCACAGAGUGAACAAACCAUGCAUGAUGCUACUUCAAAGGCCUGGAGGAAUCUCAAAAGAACAAGGGAGAAUAUUAGGUGAGAAGUUAAAGGUCCCUAGAGACGGAUGCCGGCUGCACUUUUCAUUGUCUGUCAAUAGAUGGCAGUGCCAGCACUGUAGCAUCACUUCAGCAAUAAUAUAGAACUCUGUAACUCUUUCCUUUAUACAUGCUGCAGAAAAAUGGGCAAAAAUCGAGAUUAAAACGUGUCGACGGUCAACUGCAGCGGUUGGUGCUCUGAGUAGCUUCACACCUCACGGACUAUAUUCAUGCUGGUUUGUGAUACAGCUGCACAAAAGGAUCUCUGGAUCUUCCUACGCACGUGCGACAGAAUGAGGGAGACACAUUUGAGCUUCUUUUGAAAGCUAGAAAAAA